AUGAUAAGCAGGAGUGGUACUGUGCGCUCGUGGUGCAAUGUUUCACAAGGCGUAACGAAGAUCCUCGCAGCUGUGUGCGGAGACGUCUUUAGCAGCAGCCGUAAUAAUAAUAAUAAUAAUAAUACUAUUAACAACCACACAGCGGUUAGUGCCGGUGGAGAAGGUCAUGCCGCCAUGCGUCCAGGCACAGUGCCAAGCGCAGCGGUAGCUCACCUGCGGAACACCACAGCGGAAAAAAAGGAGCCUGUCUACCGCGCUGUCCCGUCCACCCGCGCUGGCCGCGCUGUCGGCUUUGCGUCCCUCUUCAUGCAGCUGGGCUGGGACCACCUCGUAGGCACGCAACAGGGUGGCCUGUUGUCGAGUCACAGCCACGAGCGUAUCGUUAACACGCUCUGUAGGAUGCGUGGGGCGGUGCUGAAACUGGGACAGAUGCUUAGCAUCCAGGAUGCCGCCACUGUACCGCCGCAUAUCACCCAGAUAUUUGAGCGAGUACGUGAUAGUGCCUACGCCAUGCCACGUGAGCAGCUCGACCGCACACUGGCGAAGGAGUACCACAACUCCAACUGGCGCAAGGAGUUAUUCGUGCAGUUUGACGACGAGCCCAUGGCUGCCGCCAGCAUCGGGCAGGUGCACCGCGCCGUCCUGAAGGGAAAGGACGGCGCACAGGUGGAAGAGGCGGCAGCCGUCAAGGUGCAGUACCCCGGCGUGGCGCGCAGUAUCGACUCGGACGUUUCAAAUUUGAAGAUGCUCAUAACCCUUAACCUGCUCCCACCNAAGGUGCAGUACCCCGGCGUGGCGCGCAGUAUCGACUCGGACGUUUCAAAUUUGAAGAUGCUCAUAACCCUUAACCUGCUCCCACCUGGAAUGUUUGUUGAUAAUAUACUGCAGGAGCUCCGGGAGGAGCUUGCGUUAGAGUGUCGCUACUCGGUGGAGGCAGAGAAGCAGAUGCGUUAUGCCGUGCUCAUCCAGCAGGACCCGCAGCUGCGUGAAACGUUUAUCGUGCCGAAGGUGUACGAAUCCCUUUCGACCGACAGCGUUUUAGUCACGGAGUUAAUCACCGGUGUGCCAAUUGACCGCUUGGCGACUGUGUCUGGAAUGCAGGAGCUCAAGAACUACGUGGCCCAGCGCAUGUUCCUAUUGACACUCUCUGAGCUCUUCCGCUGGCACUUCAUGCAAACGGAUCCAAACUAUUCCAACUUCCUCUUUGACGCCACGACGAAUAAAAUUGGUCUCCUCGACUUUGGUGCGGCACGCGAGUACAGCGCGGAGUUUGUGCAAGACUACAUUGAUGUGGUUGCCGCUGCCGCACGAGAAGAUCGUGAUACCAUCAUAGAAAAGAGCAUUAAGCUAGGCUUUCUCACAGGACAUGAGAUGAAGGAGAUGCUGGAUGCGCAUGUCCAGAGUGUGGUGCUGCUGGGCAAACCGUUCCGGUACCGCGACAAGCCUUUCGACUUCGCGGCGGAACACCUUCCCUCGCAGAUACAGGCAUACGUGCCCACAAUGAUCAAGUUGCGGCUGCGCCCGCCCCCUACGCCGGUGUACUCGUUGCACCGGCGGCUUAGUGGGACGAUACUACUAGCGACCAAACUGAAAGCUACUGUCAAUGUGGGGGAUAUUUUCUGGGAUAUUUAUGACAAUCCCAAGAUGUAA